CUUUGUGUCGCAAGUGUUUUGAUAGGAACGUGCAGGAGCACAACAGAUGGAACCGGCCGAGCUAGAGUUUAUCGGUGAAAACUCCCUAAUUAGUGUGAUACCCAACUUUAACCAUGAUUCCAUCUAUCUCAUAUCGGGCACCAUUGAACCAUUCCGAGGUGGCACACCGCUUUAUGUACCACUAUGGCUGGGAAUACAUCUUCGACAACAACAAAAGUGUCGCAUCGUAGCACCGAACUGGAUGGAUAUAGAUCUGCUGGAAGAUAUUAAGGAAACGGAGAAGCGCAUCAGUACCUUUACCAAAAUGCCCAGCCCCAACUACAUGGUGGAAGCUAAAUUGAUUCUCAAUACCGCGCCGGAAGACGUUCCCUCGUCCGAUGGCAUCAAAACGCUCAUCAAGGAUAUCUACGAUGUGCGCUGCGCUAAGCUGCGUACCACGGUGGAAAACUUCAUCAAAAGUGAAGGGUCGCAUACGGUGAAUUUGGAAAAUGUAACUGUGCUGGAGCUGCACACCAUUCAACCGUUGCUGCCCCAUGCAAUGGACUUGCUUAGUCGGAUAGAACAGACGAGGAAGGUUGUACGUUCGAUGAACACAACUACACAAUCGUUCAGCUUCGGUGGUACGAGCGGGCUGGGAUCGUCCGGUUCAUCCAGACCCUGGUAAUGUAUUCUCAGAACUAAUACUAAAACAGUAAGGAUAAAAUCACCUUAAAAAAGGAUUGUCCAUUAAAUGUCUAAAGCCAGAGAGUAAGUUUAUAGAUUAAUGUUUAGUAAGUUAUGUGUUUUAUCGUACCAGUCAGGGAUACUGUUUUCAAUCAAUAACACCCGAGUGGGUGUAGGAAAAGGCUGUAAAUUUAUUGUCUUUUUUCAUUUAUCUGUUCAUAUGUUCAAAUCACAAUGGGCUUAAAAGAAAGUAAAAGCUGUUUUCUUGUAAAAAAAAGUUAUUGUGAAUAAAAUAUAUACUUUCAUUUAAAAGGU